AUGGCCUUCGAAAAUGAAAAUAACAACCAAGCAGGACACGCACGCGGCGGGAGAGAGAUAAAGGCUGCGCCAGGAGAGGCUGGUAGCAACAUCAGGGUGCGUAUGUUGUGCGAGGUGGACAGAAGCUACAUCGAGGAUGGGUUCAACCUGUACGGACUGCGGCACCACUUCGCCAAUUUUCAGGGCUGCCUGGACAUAAUCCUGGACCGAACUGCUGCGGAUGAGCCCCAAGACCCGGUGGUGGCUCAGUCGGCCUUCAUGCUCUACGGCAUGAUUCACGCUCGCUUCAUCGUCACCGCAAGGGGCCUCGAAGCGAUGUACAAGAAGUACCGCCUGGCGGAGUUCGGGAGAUGUCCAAGGACCAUGUGCAAGAACCAACCGGUUGUUCCGGUGGGCAUUUUCGACGAGCCGAAGAAGGAGGCGGUGAAGCUCUACUGCCCGCGGUGCUGCGACGUUUACAACACCGUCAGUCCCUACGGUGGUGAACCGUUGGACGGCGCAUUCUUUGGUACCUCCUUCGCACACCUGUUCUUCAUCACGUUCGACAGGCUCGUGCCGGACCCUGCUAGGUCUAGCUACACCCCCCUCAUCUUCGGGUUCAAGAUCCACAAAUCCGCCAAGUGCAUGCAGCGUCGACUUCCGCACUCCACCACAGCCGCCUCCUCCCAGCAGCAACAGCAGCAACAGCAGCUACACUCCAACGGCGGCAACAAUGGCGGAGUCGCCGCCGGUUCCGGCGCUGCCGCCGCUGCCGCCGCCGCGGCGACGAACUCAUCCAACUCUUCCUCGGCCCCGGCGCACCUCCGCAGAGGCACCGCAACAUCAGCCGGGGGGGGUGCGGGGAGCGGGAUGACUACCACAGCGGGGGCCGCAGCGGGGUCGGCGUCUUUCGCGGAGUCAGGAGCUAACACAAGUGGCGCUCCCGCGGGCGGCGCUGCCACCGGGGGCGGCGGCGGUAGCACAGGGGGGAAGGGGGUGUUGUGGGCCGGCGGUGGCGGCGCGGGGGCCGGAGAAGGCUCCGGGGGCUCCGCGGUCAUGAGCGGCAAGGACGGGCGGGAGGGGGCAGCCGGCGGCGGUGACAGUGAGAAGAGCAGCGGGAGAGGAAAGACGAAGAAGCGCAGGAGCGGGAAGUCGAGCGAGUCGAGGGGGGGCGGCGGCGCGGAAGCGGGGGGAGGGAGGAGGGGCGUGGGGGGCGGGAGUGGCCGCAAAGACAAGCGACGCCAGCAGGAGAGCGAGUCCCGCGCGGACGGGGCGGCGGAGGCGGCGGGGCAGGAGGGCUGGGGCGGCUCGUGCGGGAAGGGCACGAGGCAAGGGGACGGGGAGAGCAGCAGAGGGAAGGCGGGAGACGGUAGCCAGGAGGGCUCUGUAACAAGCCGAGCGACAGUGACUGGUGGAGCCGGCUGCGGGAAUACCUCCAACAACGGUACUACUGGCUCGCGGACGGGGAGAUCCAAGUCUCCUGGCGGCGGCGGUAGCAGCGGUCGCCCCCCCGGCUCUUCGGCCCAACAGCCCGGCGAAGGAGGGCGCGGCUGGGCGAGCGAUCCGGCCCAGUCGGAGCAGCAGCAGCAGCAGCAGCAGCAGCAGCAGCAGCAACAACAACAACAACGAGGCGGUUUUCCCGGGAAGGCGUGCUCGGGACCGGCGGUGGUGCCCGAUGGGAACAGCUGCGGAGAUAGGGAAGGGGUCGGGGAAGAGGAGAGGGGGCGGCGCCGGGCCGGGAGCGGAGGCCUGGCUGCUCUGGCAGAGGCGGCCACGAAAAGCGAGGACGGCGGGGAUGGGAAGAAAGCAACAGGCCCGCGCAGCAGCGGCGGCGGCGACGGCGGGGGCAGCGUUGGGGCGGUGGAGAGGUUGGCGGCGGAGGAGGCGGUGGUGACGGCGAUGCCGGUCGUGGAGCUUAUUUCGGGGCCAAAGGAGAUGGCCCCGGUCGUGAAGGCCGGGGCUGGGCCUGGGGCUGGAGGCGGUGGCGGUGGCGGCGGCGGUGGCGGCGGCGGCGGCGGCGGCGGGGGAGGUGGGUCCACCGUUGGCGCGGGCGGAAGCGGUGGCGGCGCUGGCCGGGAGGCAAAACGGAUGAGGGUUUCGUGAUGAGAAACGCGUCUACCUAUGCGGGGAUGGCUUGAGGCGUCCUUUUCACCGGCGGUGCCCCUGUUCCAAGGGUUUUCUCGGCGAUAAGCUUUAUGGGGGCGGUCGUGAAUUGUACUCCGGCAAGGACGCUCCGCAGCAUAUGGGGGGGUAUUUGCUCCAGAAGGGGGUUCGCCCUCCUCCUGUGUCCUGGCAGACCAUAGCUUCUAGAGUGUGGUACCCGUUUCCAAUAGCCAUCGGCUACCUCCGUCCAAUGUGUUUUUUUGUGUUGUUGGCCUUUGUCGGCAAAUAUGCCAGAAGAGAAAAGCCGCUCCCUCCAAAAACACGCCUUUGUUCAGGCCUCUGUCGAGUACAGGAGAGAACGAACUCUGGCCUUUGGCUUGCCAGGACGCAUGUAAGGCCGGCAUUUUUUAAGUCCGACGUUUUCCUAGGCGAAGGGCCACUGUCGAAACAAAGCGAUCGGUGCCUCGACCAGUGAGAUGAGGCAUCUCGACAACGACUGCUCUCGGUCGACUCUCCCGCGCGCUUCCGAGCGAUCAGACGUGGUUAAGGCGUGCCUUUUAGCCCAGUGGGAACAGUCGUGAGCAAUAUCAAUAUUUACAAGCAAUUCAUGAGGGGUUCCGGUGAGAUCCACGGUGGUCUGCCGUGCGCGGGGUCUGCCUCUUGUUCUGGGUGUUUGGAGCUUUCGAACGAGUAUCACGCAGAGUGCCGAGGAUCACCGGCCGGGUAGCAUGCGUCGGAUAGGUUGUGUACCGGUCACACCUUGCUUCUCUUCCUCUCUUGCGAUGUCCUGCCGGAAUUAUUUCUUCUUUGGGUCGAGCCAUGUAUAUGAUCUUGGCGGGUGUUGGUAGCGCCCGAUAGCGUGUACGUAUUGCAUGAGGCUGCCAGUGUAGUGCGUGCAGAGAUGCCGCUCAUUUGUCGAAGAAGAGAACACUGUUCUAAAUGGGGCACACUUGCUAUCCGUGGACGUCAUGAAGAGAAUAUUUUACAGUCAUGGCGAGCAUGUUGCCGUCCGUUUUUGGUGUUUCGGUGAAGAAGGCUGUUCCUGUGACACACGAAUGUCUUCUCAAUCCCGAUCUCAUUUUUGCACAACAUCGCGUGUCCUAUCUACAUACUGCAUUGUGAUUUUUCCUCGGUCUUCCCUUUGGUGCGUCGAUGCUAGUCCUCAUAAUAAGCGAUCCACGCGCGUGUGUAUGAAUCGAACGAGAAGGUUGUGGCAAAUUGUUUGGAGGAAGGAACCCGCCAUUCUACGCUCAUGUGUGCACGAUGGGCGUCGUCCCCUGCUGCUUGGGGGAAGUGAGCGGAGACGGGUACAGCUAAGUAGCCAAUGGGCGCGGGAGCAUACAGGCGCGCCGUCAGCGGCGGCGGCGCCUGGAAAUUUACGUACCAGUAGUCUGGAAGCGCAGCAGGGCAUGAAAAAGUACUUGGGUUCGAAAUGUUGCUAUUUAGCACGAACUGGUUGUUCGCCAUGGCUGCUACUAUGUUGUCCUAUUUCAUUAUGAUUUUGUGGAAAAGGAUGGGGCUUCGCGCCGGCCUGUCUGCCUACUGCUUCCUGUCGACUGCGGUUGCAGCUUGUAGACCUCGCUGAUGAUGAGUAGUGAUACUACUGCUGCCCACUUCGGAUUGUGCCAUAAGUACUCAUUCCCCCGGCUACCCCUGAGGACCAUGCAACGCCGAUGAGGGCCACAUUCGUCCAUGAUUCGGAGGGCGCGUAGGAGUGAGCACGAGAUUGUUGGUCUGCAGUACGAACCGAGAUACAGCAACUAGAGCGAGAGAGACAAAAAUACAUCGCUAGGGGUGGUCUGACGCGAGGAGGGUCGUUUGCUGUCUGCGUAUGAUACAUGUAUUACCGUUGGGGUAUUAUUCUUUGUUUGUUCUCCUGGCGUCAGUUUUACACCUUUCGGCAUACGCUUGGACGCCCCAGAUGGGGUCAAUCACUCUUCGCGGACACAUUACACAAAAUUGGUUGUUGUUUGUCUUUUCCUUGUGCUCACACUUGUGUCUCGUAAACACCAUGGUCUCUGAAGUCGGAUAGGCUGGCAAGAAAUGGUCGUUGUUCUGCCUUCUGUAGGACGAGUAUACGGUACACAAUAUUGUGAUCGCCAGAGACUUGACACCGCAGCGCGAUAGAAAAUGACCAAUAAAUUGUACCGUAGUCUCUUGUCCUGAGCAGCACAACGAGUCGCCUAAGUAAGGCCGAAUCACGGUAUAGUCCACGCUUGUUGCACGCUAUAGAAAGUGGGUGUGUGCGUGUGGGAGCUGUGUGCAUAAAAAUGGAGAGAAAACGCAACUCAUUCAUUCCCGUGCGACUAGAGCAGCAUGUCCCCGAUCUGUUCCAUGCAGCCAUAGCUACAAGAUUGUGGGUUUGUGUGAACGAGGUUCACUGCCUUGCUUGAUGAGGGAUUGGCCGUGGUGGCAGUCCGAUCGUGAAAUCGUUCAUUGAAAUGGGC